GCGAUCAUAGUAUCAGAGUAUACGUUGUACUAGAAGAUACGUUGUGCAAGAAGGAACUACAAGUUCGUAGCUGGUAUUACAACAAGUCAAGAUGAAAUCAAUGUUUGCAGUAGUUUUGGCGACACUCUUCGUCACCUUCGUUGCCGCCACUCCUAAAUGCCCCACGAGGCAGGUCGAAGAUGUCAUUCUACUUCGGAAUCCAUCCGAUUGUUCAACCUUUUACGUCUGCGCUAAUGGCCAGGCGCACCUAAUGACCUGCAGUGAAGGACUUCACUUCAAUUCCGAAUUACGGGUUUGCGAUUGGCCAGAACGUGCAAACUGUGAAGAAUUCCACCCAAGACCAUCGACCACGUCUAGCGAACCACCUGCAGAUUUAUCUUCCGAAUCUGAACAGGAAAGCACUGAAUCCGCAGAGGAAUCUUCCGAACCUGCAGAAGAACCUUCCCAACCUGCAGAAGAAUCUCCCCAACCUACGGAAACAUCUCCCCAACCUUCGGAAACAUCUCCCCAACCUACGGAAACAUCUCCCGAACUUGAAGAAACAUCUCCACAUUCUGCAGAAACAUCAGAACCUGUCUCUGAAUCUAUAGCAGAGAGUUAAUAGACACAUCCUUCAAAUUUAUAUAAAUACAGGGUAUCCCACGUACCUUUCGUCACGAUUCUUCAAGUACAUGCAAUGAUCAGAUAGAAAAAUGUUUCAAUCAGAAAUUGAUCAACAUUCUUUUAUCAGAUUAUUGCAAGUAUUUACUUGAAAAUCGUGACUAGGGUUAAUCUGAAGAAUCAACUCCGUUAUCAGAUAAUGCAGAAAUCGAUUAAUUGUUAAUUCAAUGACUAUGUAAUUCCUCCGUUUGUAUUAUUCAUUCGAGGAGAGACGACAUAGAGUAUUUACAUUCUCGCGGCUGACUGACUUCGCUGAUACUCUAUGGAUCAUCGGCAGUGACCGCUAUUGACCGAAAACAGUGACGAAGAUCAUCGGCAGGCUGAGGCGAGACUUAGCGAGAUAGGAUGUGGCAGCAUUGGCGCAGUCUUUGAAGCUAUUACGAGAUAGAGAACUGACACCAAUUCUGCCAUGUCUCAUUCCACUUGGUCUCGCUAUGGCAAGCCGAUAAUCUUCGUCACUUUUCGGCCAAUAGCGAUCAUUGUCAGUGAUUGCUAUUGACCAAGAAAUAAUGAAGAUUAUCAGUGGGCCAUAGCAAGAUCAAGUGGGAUGACAUAUGGCAAUAUUGGCGUUAGUUUUCUGUUUCUUAAUAACUUCAAAGACUUCGCCAAUGCUGACACAUCCUAUCUCGCUAUGUCUCUCCUCAGCCUGCCGAUGAUAUUCGUCCCUGGUUUUGGACAAUAGCGGACACUGUCUAUGAUUAAGAGAGUGCCAGCGAAAUCAGAUAGCCUCAAGGAUGUAAAUAGUCAGUGUCACCAUUUUUCGAACGGACAAUACUACGAAUAAAUUUAUUGCAAGAUCAGAUGUUUAAAAAUAUUCCUAAUUUCACUGUAAGAGGAGUUGUAUCUAGGGACGAGUGUACAUAAUCGAGAUAUAGUUAAAUUGUGAAUAAAUAUUGACGGUUGCAUCUAAUACUUAUUUAAAACCUUUUCUGCAAUAUUGUCAUUCGCAUGAUGUUUCAAAAUUAUGUAUGUACAUCAUACAUUAUUUAGUGUCAAUGUAUUACACUUCAAAUACAUCGUAAUAAAGGAACAAAAGGAAU